CUGUUGAUGGCCUUUGAUUGUUAUUUGACGUUUCAUCCUCUUUCGUUAUAUCAAACACGGGCAAUUUAGUCAAAGGUUACCACAGAGACUGAUCAUAGUAUAAACCAUCCUAUAUUAGGGCACUCGCGGUCACACUACUUUGAAUUAAUUCUACAGCAACAAUCGAUCGCUUAAUCAACACGAUUGCUCUUUCCUCGCCUCGAGGUGAUGAUAAGUAGAAUGCAGGCUCAGGAAGCCACAAAGGGCACGAGCGCGCACGGGAACGGAAGUGAGUGGCUGAUUGCUGUAGCACGAGGGUUGGAUACUUCUCGUUAACUCUGAAUUCUACAGAUCUGCAACCUUGGUAUCGAAGGUAAUGAAUUUUGGAAAGAUUUUCGUGUAGCCCGAUUAGCCUUUGUAGAAAUGGUUAUCAAUGUUUAUUUCAAUCGAAGAACUGUAUUCAUAUUUAAUGAAGAAUGGAAAGGAAAGUGGUAAGGAAAUCUUGCCCGAUUCAUUAUUUCCGGCUCAUCCCUACAGGUCACAAGGCUGCCACGAGUAGCAUCUGUACUUCCUGCUGGAAUCAAUAUUUUCAAUUCAGUUCCGACGUUGAGUUCGACGGUAUCGAAUAUUUUUGGUGUCUGUGGCAGCCUUUCCUUUGAGUCGCAGUCCGGGUUAGUAUCGUAGUUUCAAAAUGGUGGUCUCUAGAGAGGUUUUUGGCCAAACAGAAUCAGGAGAGGACGUUUGGAAAUACACUAUCAGAAACAAACACGGACUGGAACUGGAAGUGAUCUCGUUCGGAGCGACUUUCGUAGCAUUAAGAUGCCCUGAUAGGUAAACUUGGGUUUGUUCUUGAAAUUUUCGUGAUACGUUAUAUAUUGCAUAUUGGGUUUGUUUGCCUUUUGAUUUAGUGGCAAGGAUCGAGGGUGAGUGGUAGAAAGUAAACGGAAUAUUCUAUAAAACUUUAUUCGUACACGUUGCACAACUCAUGGACAGACUUUUAUUACGAGGUUUUCCGGUGCUUGACACAGCAUCCGACUACCUGUAAUGUACAACCAGACAGCCGAGCAUUUCGCAAAUGUACGACCAACUGUCGCUAUCAUUAUCUUAACCUUACAAACACUUUUUUUACCAUUACUUUUAUAUAUAAUUAUUAUUCAGUAAAGUGGAGGUAAUUAUCAACUAAUUAGCUUAACCCCUUACACCCUAACAGCAGUAUUUAUAUUUUUCGUACUAUUCCAUAAACAUUUCCCAAGGUGCUGACAUGGAGACUUGUUUUACAAUCAAAAGCCUCUUGAGUUGGUGAUCGUUUCCUCUAUUCUCGUGACAUUAAUGAUUAAUUCAGGGAUGAUUUUAGAAGUAGAAAUAAGAUGCUAGCCCUCUUUCGAAUUAAGCUAAAUUUUUAGAUAAGGGCCUAGGCACUUAUUUGUUAAGAAAUAUGGUUUUAAAUCCCUAGCUCACAACUUUUUUUUUUUUUUUUUUUUUUUUUUUUAACUCAAUCAGGAAUGGAAAGAUGGAUGAUGUCAUUAUGGGCUAUGAUAAGUUGGAGGGUAAGUGCUUGUAAUAUCUAAUCUUUGUAAUCUCCAUCACUGAGAAGUCUAUGUAAGAAUUUACAGGGUUGUCAUAAGAGAAUGUAAAAGAUGCAUGAGCUGAACUGAGGAGGUGGCUGAAUUGAAUUAUGCGUGUAAGUAAAAGCAAGCAUAGCAUGUGGCUGUGUAACUCACCCUUCUAGUGGGUAUGUGGGCUUGUUCCCCUGGAAAAAUUUGAAAUUUGAAACUCUUUGAGACAUGUUAUCUAGCACUCUGGGACACUCGAGUAACUCUUUAAGCCAUAUAUAUUUGAUGUUAGAAUAAAAAAUAUUAUUUCCUAAUUUUGAUCACAAUUCACAAAGUAACCAAGCAUAAAAUGUUCUGAUAGUAGGGGGUGAGGGGGGGGUGGUUUCCAUCAGCUACUGGCUUCCUAUGGCAACUCUGGUAGUAGUUAUUGAUGGAGUUUAAAUUGAACUGCUUAGGUGUACUUUUCUAGAAUUAAUUGCAUUUGGGCCAUAAUGUGUCAACAAUUGUGUUGCUGAUUGUGCAUGGCAAUGGACAUUUUGUUUGUGAAACUUUAAUUGCGAUCAUUCAUAUUUCCUUUUUUAUUCAGACUAUCUGAGUAACCCUCAUUACCUCGGAGCUACAGUUGGAAGAGUUGCAAACAGGAUUGCAAAUGCAAAGUUCACCCUUGAUAACAAAGAAUACAAUUUAGCCGUCAAUAAUCCUCCAAAUACUCUACAUGGAGGAUGGGUUGGAUUCAACAAGGUCCGCUUUGUGCUAAAUAUGAUGAUGCUUAUAGAUAAAGAACUGUAUUUCUCCCAAGAGUCUUUUAGUUUGUGUGAGUUAAAAAUAAUUUAUUGCUCUGACUGUCAUUGUUGUCUUUGUUUUCGUGUUCAUCAGUAUAAUUGGAAAAGUGAAGUAAAAGGAGAAAACAAAGUGAAGUUUGUUCACCAAAGUCCAGAUGGGGAUGAAAAUUUUCCUGGAGAUGUAACAGUAAGACUCACAUUCACACUUACUGAUCACAAUGAAGUCAAACUCAACUACAAAGCAACAACCAAGGCUCCCACCAUCAUCAAUCUCACCAGCCAUGGCUACUUUAACUUGGCUGGUCAGGUACAAGCUUUUUAACUCUUCAUACCCCAACAUUAGUAUACUUUUUCUCCUCACUGUUCUGUAUACAUUUUCAAUGGUGUUGACAAGGAGAAUUUGUUGAAAAAUCAAGAUUUUCUCAACCAAACAGUUUUAAAUGAUACUUAAGUCACAAAUUUGUUAAAUUUGUUUGAUAUUGUAAAAUUAUUCUUGUUUUAUUGAUUGUCUGAAGUUCUUUGUCAGGUUGACCAUGAUGUUUUGGAUCACAUAGCUCAGAUCCAUGCUAAGCACUAUCUGCCCCUAAAUGAUGUGCAGAUUCCCACAGGUACACACAGUCUAAAAUUUUCAGUUUGUGUUCAUGUAUGGUGUAGUUCCAUUUAAAGAUAUGGCCCUUCUUAGGUUGUAGUGCAGAGGCCUGUUAUCUUUCAAUUUGUAUAUCUUUUUCCUUCUGUUACAUCUGUGCUCUUUAACCCAUUGGCACCUGAAUCUUUAACUAACUAAGCAGAAUUUUGUCUCCAAACUUCCUCUGUUGUUAGAAGAUCUAUAAACCAAUCAGAAUCCAUUUUUUGCGCAGUUAUUUUACAGUGAUUAUUAUAUAUUCUAGGUGAGGAAUGCUCUGUGUCAAGUCCUAAUGAUGCCUUUGACUUCACCAAACCCAAACCUAUUGGAAAGGACAUUCAUAAAAUAGAUGGCUAUGAUCACAACUACUGUUUAAAAGGAAAAAAAGAAUGCUGCGCUGAGUAAGGAGAUUAGAUUUAAUUUAUCUACAAAUAAGUUAAUUUAAAUUAUCGUAUUUAGACAGAGCUUCUAUCAAUUUGAAGCCUCAGAAAGCUGAUAGGAACUUUGGGGAGUUCUGAGAUCCACAACAUUGCAAAAAAAUAUCGAAAACACAACAUCAGUACAAAAGAAAUUGACAAUUAAACACAUUCAGACACUGCAAUAUCAUGGACACCCACACAUGAUCAAUAUGUCCAAUUAGUUACACAACUGAGCACAUUACAAAGCCCUACAAAGAGCAUGAACUGUGGGUAAAUUGAGGUUAGCACUGAUUGUGUAUGGCUAUGGGGUCCUUUUUACAAAGACUGCAACACUGCAAUUCACCAGCUUGAGAGCUCCCUCCAAAGAGAGAGUUAAACAUCGCCAGAAACUGAACAUAGUGAAUAACAUAGACAGCAAUACAAAUUUAAAUAAACCUUUUAAAUUUACCAUGGAGUAUACCAAUAAUCAAGUCCAUGGUAAUGAUCUUGCAGAGUGUAUCAUCCAAGCAGUGGGCGUGUUCUUAAAAUGUUCACCGAUCAGCCUGGAGUUCAGUUUUACACUGCCAAUGGAUUUGAUGGAUUCCCUGGCAAGGGAGGUGUUCUUUACCAUAAGUUUGGUGCCUUCUGCCUAGAGGCACAGAAUUACCCUGACGCUGUUAACCAAGUUAGUUUUGUGUUUGUUUGUAUCCAAUAGUAAUUUGUAACCAACAUCAAACCUCAAGCCUAUAAAGUCCCCAUGAAAAGUCUUCAAGUGUUUCUGCAAUGGAGGGAUAUUUCAGUUGUAUUAUUUCAGUAGUAUAACAAUUUAUGUAUUUUCAUUUGCUUGAAUGUUUAUUUUUUGGUCAACAGACUAACUUCCCAAGUCCAGUUCUUCAGCCAGGGGAAACUUACAAACAGAAAACCAUCUACAAAUUUGAUGUCAAAGACAAGCAAUGAGCCCUGUCAUAAUUAGAUU